CUCCGUCCUCUUUAUGUAAACAAAGCGAAGUCCACUUCCGCCUCGAUCCCGGUUCUGGUCCCUCUGUCCUCUGUCCUCUUGUGUCCCUGUGUCCUCCUGGUCCCCGCCGCGUCUCCGUGGGACAUGCACCGUCUCCAGGUCCUCUCGGGACACCUCCGUCCUCCGGGACAGUCCCCGGGUCCCGCCGCAGACGUGUCCGGCCUCAGGAGCUCCGUGUGCGGCGCCGCGGGACGCGACGGUCCCGAUGAUGUGGUGAUCGUCCACGGACGAAGGACCGCGAUCGGGAAAGCCAAGAGAGGCUCCUUCAAGGACACGACUCCAGAUGAGCUCCUCAGCGCCGUCAUGAAAGCCGUCGUCUCAGACCUCAACCUGAGUCCAGACCAACUCGGAGACGUCUGCGUGGGAAACGUGCUUCAGCCUGGAGCUGGAGCCGUCAUGGCCCGAGUCGCCCACUUCCUCAGUGGUUUUCCGGAGCAGGUUCCUGUUUACACUGUGAACCGUCAGUGUUCCUCAGGUCUGCAGGCGGUGCUCAACAUCGCAGGAGCUGUCCAGAGUGGAGUUGUGGAUCUGGGUUUGGCCUGUGGAGUGGAGAGCAUGUCCCUCAGGUCCAUGACCAACCCCGGAGACCUGAGCUCCAGAGUCUCAGACGUGGACAAGGCCCGAGACUGUCUCAUUCCCAUGGGGAUCACGUCUGAAAACGUUGCUCAGGAGUUUGGGAUCUCACGAGAAAAACAAGACGCCUUCGCCCUCAGAUCCCACCAGAGAGCCGCGCGGGCCCAGAGUCAGGGCCUGUUUAAGGAGGAGAUAGUCCCGGUCCAGACCAGGAUCGUGGACGAGUCCGGAGCUGAGACUCAGGUCCUGGUCUCUGAGGACGAGGGGAUUCGACCCAGUACCACCAUGGAGGGACUGUCCAGACUGAGACCGGCCUUCAGCCCCGAGGGGUCCACCACCGCCGGUAACAGUUCUCAGGUGAGCGAUGGCGCGGCCGUGGUUCUCGUGGGUCGUCGUUCGUCGGUGGAGGUUCUGGGUUUGCCGGUUCUCGCGGUGCUUCGCUCCAGCGCCGUCGUGGGCGUCCCUCCUCACCUCAUGGGCAUCGGACCUGCCCAGGCCAUCCCUGUCGCUCUGGAGAGGGCAGGUCGUGUUCUGUGUGGAGAAACUGGGCGUCCCUCAGGACAAAGUGAAUCCAAACGGCGGCGCCAUCGCUCUGGGUCACCCGCUGGGCUGCACCGGGGUUCGCCAGCUCGUCACCCUCCUGCACGAACUGCGCCGCCGCCGCAAACGGGCCUUCGGGGUCGUGUCCAUGUGCAUCGGGACGGGGAUGGGAGCAGCCGCCGUCUUCGAGUAUCCGGGACCCUGAACCAGGACCAGACCAGGACCCGGAGCAGGACCCGGAGCAGGACCCGGAGCAGGACCCGGAGCAGGACCAAGAGCCGGGGCCAUAAUCCAGGACCAACCUGAGUCCAGACUCUGGGACUCUUCUCAUUAUCACUGUGAUUCACGAAUAAAAUAGAUUUUGUUCAACGAUUCUUUAAAA